AUGACUGAACAGCAACUUGGCAAUGGCGAUACCGCUAGCGUCUUACUGUGCUUGUCUCGAGGCUGUACUUCUAAGGGAGGAUCCAGCUUACAAUGGUCAGCAGAGAACCAGACGGAGGAGCCCAGCUUCGAGACCGUGCCCGACGGACACACGCAGCGGCGAUCCUCAAUUGAACUCCCUCUCACGUCGCAAAAUCCGAUGCAGUCCAGUGCAAUUACGAACUGGAGUGACGAGGCUCGAGGACUAUGUGCUGGGAGCCUCGAUCAGUGUCUUGAUCCUGAGGGAAAGGGAAUCCGUAUGGGUGACAAACACAUGCUUGCCGCUCAGUGGUUUUACCGGGCAGCGACGGGGAAAGAGCUGAGUUGGGAGGUGAUGAAUCGCAGCGCUACAGAUAUUUUCAGAUGGCAUGACUCCUUCACUCAAGUCGAAGGAUUGAUGUGGGAAAAUAGUGGGCCUAUAAAGAGGUACAUGAUCAGAUGGGCGUCAUCGCUGUACAAUAGGAUUCACAGCCGUUGCGCAACCGCUCAAUGGGCAGCCUCAAAUCGAAAUCCACAGCCGCGCAACAAAUACGGUGGUGAGGAUGAGCUGGAAGCGGCAUACGAAGAGAUCAAACACCUGGAAUUUAGAUUUGAGACGCCCAUUGUCUGGCUCUCGGAAUAUUCAGCUGAUUCAACUGCCGAAUCCAUUGCGACGAAACGUGAGCAUACUUCGAACCUACACGCCAUCUCAUCGAUAUCGAACGUGGAUUCGGAAUCACGGAACAGUAUGCCCUGCAGCGCCGUGAUUGGUGAUCAGGCCGGAGAGGGUCAAAUCGACAACGACCCCAUGCUUCAGCCAUGCGGGAUCUGGUCAUGCAACCUGACCAGUGCCUCGAUAAACCCCAGGUAUUCGCUCGCAGCUGAGUAUUUCUGCGAGGCUGCCCGCCCACAGAAACUAGCAGAAGACGAAUGGAGUCUCCUAUCCUGGGACAUCAAAGAGUAUUUCACGCGAAAUCGCCAUGCUGACUUCCUGAAGAAAGUGCCAGUGUCGCGCAGGGACGAAGUCGGGGCGUUUAUGGUGGAAGUACGAUACCAAGUCAAGAUGGCUCAUUCGGCUUGCGCCGCUUACAGACGGGCUCAAGCCCAGACGUCUGCCAAAACGAUACAAAGGCCCAGGAAGCCAGACAUCGCAAAGGCCUACUCUCUGAUCCACGAUCUGCUCCCAGUGCAAAACAUACCGGAUGGCAACAAAGUCUCUGAGACAAGUUCUUCAGAAUAUUGA